AUGGACCGGUCGAGAAGGCAGACACUGCGCUCAUCACUAGUACCAUCGCGCACGGAUAGGAGCAGCAGAGCAUCAGCCUAUGGCCGGCAGUCCGAAGACAGUCACGAUAGACAUUCACAGGUCGAUCUUGCCACCAUUGAGCGGUCACUGAAUCGUAGACGUGUUAUCGAGGAGCUGAUCAGAACAGAGGAGGGAUACAUUGGAGAUGUUCGUUUCCUGAUGAACAUGAACCAAUUCUUCAUUUACGAGGAGUACGGGGCACAGUACGAGUUGAUGUUUAAAGAUCUUCAUGCCGCAUACCGAUCUGUUGCAAAAUGGGACGAAUACCAGAAGGGACUUGAAACAUUGGGCUCUUGCAUAGGCUCUACAAACCAGUCUCAAAACUCCAGAAGAGCGUUGACCAUCAGCGAUCUCUUGACAAAGAGAGUUUGCCGCUACCCACUGCUGUUCUCGGAACUGGUCAGGUACACCCCUGUGUGCGAUUGCCCAUACUCGUAUAUGGAGAUUGAGAACACUUUGGCCCGGUUAAGAGAGGUUACUGGGGCCAUGAACAGGGCAGCGGAUAGUGUCCUCGUCAGGGCGACUCUUAAGAAGACGUGGCUACUUCAGGAUCGAUUGGCGUUCCCAAAUCAGGAAAAGGCUUCCAACGCAAAAGAAGAGUGGGAAUGGAGACGAAGGCUAGAGCGAAACAUGGUAGAUGAUGGCCAUACUCAACCAGAAGCACAGGAUCUCAGCUUCCUAGCGUUGGACAUCAGGACUCUUGGGACAGUGUUUGGAAAGCCUGGCACCGCGGCUCGGAAGUUGUCGAUACGUCGGGCAACAACAGUGGGGCCCAAAUCCCCUUUAUGCCAGGUCAUUGUCAAGAACACCAGCUUCGAUAAAGACAACCUGGCGAUGCCGCCUAGGCAAGCGCCAAUCAAUCGCUCCCAGUCUCUGCAAGCAAAUGCCCGGAUCCCCGUACUAUCACCUCCACGUUCAGACCGGGCUCGGCUUGAAGCAUUGAUAUGCGAUGUAUGGACGCGAGACGUGCUUUCAUUUCCGGGAACGACGACGCGGACAAAGCCUGAGCGUCCUGCUUUGUCCUCUGCCUCGUCUGCCAUGAGAAAACUGAGCGUGGCCAGCCUGACCAGCACGUUUGGUCGGCGAUCGAUGGGCCGGGCCAACACACAUAAAAGAGCUGCAAGUUUUGACGUGGGUGCGAGCGAGACAUAUGUUCCAUCGUGGCCUCUCAACCGAAUGCAUACAGAUGGGGUUUACGAAAACGAGCAGCCAGCGGGCGAAGGACAGAGAACAGACAACGACACACCUACUGUCGGACAUGCAUCCUCGAUGAUGAACUUCGCGUGGCCAAGACCAGAGAUUGAGCCUUCAAGCCCCAUGCAUACGGUUCCGACCAACUACAUAUCUCGAAGCGAGCCCAGUGAGACGAGUGCUAUGGCCGGCUCGAUCAAACGAACCAUGUCCCGCUUUUUCGAGGAUGGCUGGCAGCACCAGCCUCAGGAAGCUCAAGGCGCACAAAUAAGUGAUGGUAACAGCAAUGGCGGCUACCAGAGCCGUGACAUGCCUCCCAUCAUUCGCGCAGCAUACAGCGAACAAUCCCUCCGCAGCGUGCAGUCGACAGGUCUUAAGGCUUCGCAUGCCAACUCAACCUCCAGGCUGUCGACAUACGCAUCUGUGCAUGAAAAUCAACACCAGCCGACCAAGCAAUCAUCGAUACGAUCCUUGAGACGUUGGUCCAAGACAAAUGUCUUCCACCGAACGUCACUAAGCCAAUCUUUCCGCGGUCUUCUCCAUUAA